AUGUAUGCUGCAACAAGUACUUACCUUUCUCAACUGAUAAAUGUUCCAAAAUUGAAAGCUAUCAUUUUUGCCGAAUUCGAUGCAGACAAAGGGCCAGUAAUUAGAAUACAAAUGCCCGAUUUUCUCUUCGAUGCAAAAAGAUUUGAUACAUUUUCAAAUGCUGUAAUCCCUAAACCGGAACUGUUUCAUCGACUAAUCAAAGUGAACCACGUUGAAAACAGUGAUGGAAAAGUAUACAAAGUGAUAGGGCAUCCUGUUGGUAUCGAGUCUGAUUCAUAUGCUCGCGGUCGCUAUAUAUUCAACGUCUGUUUUGUGGUUGAUAAGAACAGUCAGAUUGAUUGCAUGUACGAACCGAUGGUUCAGAAAUGUGCGGCUUAUUUAACGCAAAUGGAGAAGGAUACGCGGUUUUUGUCACAAUCGCAGAGUAAAUUGCCUGAUUUAUUGCUGGAAAUAUUCAAAGGCCUUAACGAGCAUGGUGAAUGCAAAAUCCCUGUUACUGAUCAAACAACUAUAUACUUAAAGUUGUGUCCUUCGUUUCAUGGUAUUGAGCCACCUAAGGUAGAGCCAUACAUGGUGCCGAUGUUUACACAAAUACCACCGCCAAAUACACCAAAUCAUAUCUCAAAAAUGGAUGUUCUAUCACAGAAGAUUUGUCCUAAAGUGGACGGUGUAUGUUGCAUUAAAGAAAUUGCCAUGUUAGUACAAAUAGAUACUGAUCUAGUAAUGCGAUGUGUUCGUAAUUUGCAUUUCUAUGUAAAUGAUGGAGGUGAACGUUCAGGUCGAAAACCACUAUUUCCUGAUGUAUUCCGAUUAUAUGCUAGUUUGAAAACAGGUAUGACAAUGAAAGAUUGGUGUGAAAGGAUGUCUCCUAGGCAGUACAAUGUUGAUGAAAGACGUGCGAUACAAUUUGGUAUAUGUCACGGAUUUGUUCGAAAGCUGUGCAUUUAUCCUGUGUGUUUGAAGAAGUGCGAUAUGCGAAGGAUAGCUAAAUUAUGCGAUGGUACUCGCUCUUUGGAAGAUUUAGCAGUCAUUUUUGCUAUUUCACCAGUUAGAUUGUUGGAAGCUGUUCGUGAUGAUGGAAAUUUUGUUUUCAUUUCAAAGUAG